AAACGUUUCUCUCUCCUUCCCUCCCUUUGCUUUUGCCGGUACACUCGAAACCCUAGUUUUCUCCUCUCUCUCUCAACGACGCCGUUUUCGAAGUGCCUCUCUAGUCCUUGUAAUCUGCCGUUUCUAAGGAUGAUUGAAUUCCAGAGGGUUCUUGCAGUGGAUAUGAAUUUUUCUUAAUUUAUACUUGCCAGCUGCUUCUGACUUGUCAGAGUUACUAUCAACUCUUACAUAGAAUGGACCGCUGUGAUACAUCGGGAUUUGUCAGUGGGGGUGGGGUAUACUCUCUUGGAGACCCUCAAACCUAGUUUUGUUUCUCUUUUCUUAGCUACAGAAAUCAGAAAAGCAUUUUUUUUUAAUUAUUAAUUGAAAUUCUGGGUUGGCUUAAAUAAGAGAGCUCUCUGUCUGCUAAGGUUACAUGGACAACAUCUCUCGGCAUUUUACUGCUAACUUUACCUCAGCUUCAUCCAAGCAUCCAGGCAUUUUUGGUGAUCCAGUAGCUAGUUAUCCUGCAGACACAGCCUUAAGACUUGAUCUGCCAGGUGUUCCAUAUCCUUAUCUCCUAAACUCAAAGGGAGCCAAGAGGAAAUUCGACACAAUUGAUGGACCCAGGAGGUUGCAGGAUGGCUCUUCCCUUGUUUUUGGAUUAGGCCAUUCAUCGAGUUCCUCAGAUAGCAAGGGGAGUUCAGCAACUGCUUGCACUACCAUUUCCUCAAUGAAAGAAACUGAGGAUGACUUUUUGAUGGAUCUUAAUCUAGACUUCAAUCUCCAUAUUGGUAAGGAGAGGACCCUUAAUCCAAAGAAGAAUUUCCAUUCAACCCCCAAGGGACUGGAAGUGGAAAAACCUAAGCUUGACCUUGUACUAAGUCUGUCAAGUGGGUAUGCUGAAUCUGAUAUUACCAGUGUUACCCCUGAUUCUGGUCCAUUUCAGAGUAACGUAGAGAUGCCAGUCACACCUAGCACAGUUGAACUUGUUGAUGAAGGAUCGACAUCACUUAGAUGGAAAAGAAGGCAUUUUCUGCCUCCAUUGCAUCCUCUGCAAAAUACGGAUACCGCUGCUGGUUUUAUCCCUUGUGCUGUCCAUACUGAUCCAACUCCAGUUGCUCUGAGCCUUCCACCAACUGUGAUAGUAAUGCCUGAAAGUUCAGUGUCCUCUGCUCUUGAGACUACAAAUGGACAACAGCAACGCAGCACUAGUGUAAAAACCUGUCAGGUUGAGGGAUGCUGGAGAGGAGCAAGGGGUGCUUCUGGUCGUUGUAUUGCCCAUGGUGGUGGUCGUAGAUGUCAUAGAAUUGGCUGUCAGAAGGGAGCUGAAGGCAAGACUGUAUUCUGCAAAGCCCAUGGGGGUGGGCGAAGAUGCCAACAUCUUGGGUGCACAAAGAGUGCUGAAGGCCGCACUGACCUCUGUAUCGCCCAUGGCGGUGGCAAGAGGUGUAGUAGUGAGGGUUGCAUCCGUGCUGCAAGAGGGAAAUCCGGCUUGUGCAUUCGUCAUGGAGGCGGCAAGAGAUGCCGGAUGGAAAAUUGCACAAGGAGUGCAGAGGGAUUCUCUGGUCUCUGCAUUUCUCAUGGAGGUGGUCGCCGCUGCCAGUAUCCAGAAUGCACAAAAGGUGCUCAGGGGAGCACAAUGUUCUGCAAAGCACAUGGUGGGGGCAAAAGGUGCACAGCUCCAGGGUGCACAAAGGGUGCAGAAGGUAGUACACCAUUCUGCAAGGGCCAUGGAGGGGGGAAAAGGUGUACAUUUCAAGGAGGUUGCACAAAGAGUGUGCAUGGAGGUACCUUGUUUUGUGUAGCUCAUGGUGGGGGCAAAAGAUGUGCUAUACCUGAAUGUACCAAGAGUGCAAGGGGCCGGACGGCUUUCUGUGUUCGUCAUGGUGGAGGGAAAAGGUGCAAAUCUGAAGGGUGCGGAAAGAGUGCACAAGGCAGCACUGAUUUUUGCAAGGCUCAUGGUGGGGGAAGACGCUGCUCUUGGGGUGUGCCAGGAUCAGGGUUUGGCGACCAAACUACCACUCCUUGUGAUAAGUUUGCUAGGGGGAAAACUGGCCUUUGUGCUAAUCACGGUGCUCAGGUGCAAGACAAACGGGUUCAUGGUGGUAGCACACUUGAUCCUACGCUGCAGGGACCAAAACCUAGGAUGACUGGAAAGAUGAAAAAUAUCGUCACUUCUGAAAACGUUGGUGCUGAGGUAAUGACAACAGUAGGCAGCGGAGGGAAGUUGUUGGGUGUUAAUUAUUUUGGUUCACCAGGCUUUGGACAUUCUAUGCAGAUGCCAACCCAGGACAAUGCUGGUCCAGUUCAAAUUUCACUCCCAGAAGGCCGGGUUCAUGGGGGAAGCCUUAUGGCAAUGCUUAGAGGUGGUAUUGGUGGUGUCGGGGCGGCAAGCAGCAGUAAUCAGGCUGUCUGUUGCCCAUCGGUGCAAGGAAAAUCAUACACUCUGCCCCUUGGUUGGAUGGCAAGUAGUGGUAACCAAUCAGUUGGUGGUCCAUCAGGAGGAGGAAAAUCUUACCCUGUUCCCCAUGGUUGGAUGUAAGCAUAUCUCGGUCCUUUUCGUUGGAUUAUGUUCUUAUUAGAGCUUCAUCUACAUCUAAAUUGUGUGCUUUUCUAGUUUACUUUGGUUGGGGUUCUGUUCUGCAGAACAUUAGGAUGAGAAAAUUUGAGCUCUCACUUAAUUGACUCGCAGGGCUUAGAAAUGGGUCGCUGUGUAAAAAGAAAUAGGGCUAGUGUUUUGGAUUAGUUGAAUUGGUGGUGUUUCUCAUGUAAAUAUUGGUGCCAUUAGGUUGGGAGGAGAGAAGUGGGGGAAGAACUCUUUGUACACAGCGUUUUUUUUUUUUCCUUCUUGAUGUUCAUUUGUAAGUGAAGUCAGUCUCUAGUUGUAAUUAGUAUGUUCUGUAAAAACUUAGGGUUGUGGUUAGGGGGGUCGGUGGUGGGGGAGGAGACCAUGUAAAUAAGGGUUGUAAAUUUAAUUCUAUGGUUUCCUUUGUUUUAUAA